GAAUCCGGCAGGUCGGAAUUCUCAGUCCAUUUUUUUUUUCAAUCCCAUAUGCUGUGUUUGAUCAACUAAUCACCGUUGAUCAUCAUCACGUAUAUAUACACGCAACCUAUAACCGUUGAUGUGGAUGCUUCUCGUUGAGAUUCAUGGCUUGGCGCUUCUUCUCCUUCCUUUCUAAAACCCUAAACCCUAACCGCAACCCCUCUUCCUCCACAGCCCCGUUCUCCACCUCCUUCCUCGUCACCAAAACCCCCAAAAAAUUCAAGAAAAAACGCAAACCCAAACCCAGCCCGAGAACCACCCCGGUCCAGACCGAACCGAACCGCAUCCCCCAAUUCGAGCGCAUUCUCCACCGCGACGCCCUCCUCCGCUUCGUGACCCGCUCGAAGCAGUUCCUCUCCGCCCAGCCGGAGCACGUCCUCCGCCUCGACGACGCCGGCAAGCUCCACCGCGAGCUCGGGUUCCCGCGCGGCCGCAAGGUCUCCCGCUUCCUCCUGCGCCACCCGCUCCUCUUCCAGACCUACCGCCACUCCGACGGCAAAACAUGGCUAGGGUUCACCGACCUUAUGGAGGACCUCCUCGCAGAGGAACGCUCCCUCAUGGACCAAUUGGAACUCGACCGCGUCGAGAAGGUUCGGAAGCUCCUCAUGAUGUCCGCGCGCAACCGCAUCCCCCUCAGCAAGAUCCACCACUGUAGAACCCUAUUUGGCAUCCCCGACGAUUUCCGCGAUAGGGUUUCCAAAUACCCUAAUUUUUUCAAUAUUGUGGUUGAAAACGACGGGAGGAGGGUGCUGGAGUUGGUUAACUGGGACCCACUUCUGGCAGUGAGUGCCUUAGAGAAAGAGUUCGUUGUUGACGAGGAUUCCGCGAAGAGGAAGUUUAGGUUUCCGGUGAAGUAUGGGAAGGAUUUGGAUUUGGAAUUGGAUGAUAGUAGGAAGCUUAAUUUGCUCAACGCGCUUCCUUUGGUGUCUCCGUAUUCGGAUGGGUGUAAGAUCGAUGUGUGGACGUUGGAGGCGGAGAAGUAUAGGGUUGGGGUGAUUCAUGAGUUCUUGAGCUUGACGUUGGAGAAGAGGGCGUCGAUUCAUCACCUUGUGGUGUUUAAGGAGGAGUUUAGUUUGACUAAGCAUACUUAUCAGAUGCUGCGGAAGCAGCCGCGGGCGUUUUACUUGGCCGGAACCGAGAUGAAUUGGGGUGUGUUCUUGAAGGAUUCGUAUGAUGGAAAUGGGGUUUUGAUUGAGAAGGACCCACAGGUGGUGUUUAAUGAGAAGCUUUAUAAGUAUGCUCAGGUGGACCAAAUGGAACCCGGGUGUGAUGAUGGGGUGGAAGAGCCACAUUUGAGUUAAUUGCAAUGUGAUGAUUUUGGGGAAGAGAAAUCAGAAAUGUGUACUGAGAAGCAUGCAGAGGUUUUGAAAGUUGUUGAGAAAAGAAGCCUCAAUUGGAGCUCUCUUCAAUUUAAGGGUGCUCUGAAACAGAAAUCAAAUGGUUUUCUGAUAAUGGGAUGCAAAAGGAAGAAAAAGGUUUAUUUUGAUGAUUCAAUCUAUUCUCGUGAUUGGCUUCACGGGUCCUCUUUGAUUCCAAGGAAGAACAAUGAGGAUUGGAUAGGUGGCAACUGGCUAGGAUUUUAGGUUCCUCAAGGUUAACAUUUUAUCUGGGUAUACGAGGUUCCAUAGUUUCAACUUUUUUUUAAUAGCUAGUUUCAACUUUCUAUCUAGGUUGUGUUGUCAUUUUUUGUAUAGUUGUUUUUUUCUGUACCAAUUUUUUCUGUAGUUAUUAAUAAAUAAAUAUGAAUAUUUUUGCAUUAUUUC